AUGAAUUCCCAGUCAGCAAGUAAUCCAGAGAAAGGACUCUGUCCCAUCUGCCAAGAGUGUCUGAUGGAGCCAGUGAGCACCGACUGUGGGCACUUCUUCUGCCAAGCUUGCCUCAUCCAACAUGCUAAAGAGACUUUAGAGGAAGAAGUCCUCUGCUGUCCUGUUUGUUCUCAGAAGCUUUGUUCUCAGAGCAUUCUAGGGGCAGGCUACUACUGUGAGGUCCACCAAAAAAAGGUAGACUGGUUCUGUGAGGGAAAACAAGUCUUCCUAUGUUCUGACUGCCACACAUCUCCUGAACAUCAAGACCACUAUGAUCUACCCAUUGAACAAGCCCUCACUCACUAUAAGGAACGGAUCCACCGAAGAAUGAGAAAGCUCCGGAAGAUCCUAGGGAAAUAUUGGCACCUUCCUGAAAAAAAGGAAAAACUCCAGACUCUGUGGAAACAGAUGGACGCAGAAAAGCAGAAGCUGAAGGAUGUCUUGGAGAAACAACAAAUGGGAGAACCAUGGGGCACUGUCCCUGAGCUAUCUCUGGACAUAGUGGAUAGCUUUUUGGAAGCAGUAACAGUGCUCCAGCACAAAAUUUCUGAGGAAGAAACCAAACUGAAAAAUCUGAUCACUAAUAUGGAAGCGGCAUCUAAACAAUUGGACAUCACCAUGCUACAGAGUGUCUGUGAUUUAUUGAGAAGGAAAGUUCCGGAAAAAUUAUAUGACAUAGAAACCAACUUUUCUGAGUUGGAGCAGAAAGUCAGAAAGCUGAUUCAGCAAGCAUCCUAUUCCAGAACACCCCUACCUAAGAAUUGA